AGCAGCGUGCUUUCCCAGCGGCUUACGGGGCAGCGAGCCGCGCUGCUAGGCGCGGGGGGCCGGUGGGCGUGAGAGGCGCUGUCGGCGUUGAUGAGAACUGCACGGGGGGGGGCUGGAAGAGACAGGAGACAGGAGACAGCCACUGUGGACACGUUCCGUGACUCCAGAAUUUCAGUUGCGGUUUUUAUUUCGCCGACUCGACAGAGAUUGAUUGAGACGCCGGGCGAUGGAGGGCGGCGCGACAACAACAGGUGGCCCAGAGCUGGGUAAAAGAAAGGACGUGACCGUGUCGCCGGUGUCUGAAGAGAGGGGCGCGAGCCUCGAGUCCGGCCGCGCGGGGGAUUGUGGGAGCGGAGUGGCUCGUGCGCGCUGGACUCUCCUCAGACAGGUGCUGAAGAAGAAACAGCUGGACAGCGAGGAGGUCCAGCAGGUGUCCAUACGCCGGUUUUCCUCGUUCAACCUGUUUUCCAGGAUAAGGGUAUCAGAUUCCACCACCGGCGACCCGUCCAAUGGGAAGUGGGUCGAGUACCGAAGUGCCUCUUUCCCACAGUUCGGUGCCUUCCUUAGAGACAGCCUUGGACCCAUCAAAGUGGACGAGGUUCUCAGCAGUUUUGACAACACCGGAAAUGUCUGUGUUUGGCCCUCGGAGGAGGUGAUGGCUUACUACUGCCUGAAAAACUGCCACAUGUUCAGAGGUGCCACAGUGUGCGAACUGGGAGGCGGGAUGACCUGUCUUGCUGGGCUUAUGAUCGCUAUUUCUGCUGACGUGAAGGAAGUUCUGCUAUCAGAUGGGAACGAGAAGGCCAUUCAAAAUGUUCGCUGUGUCAUCGAGAGAAACCGGCUAGCUGGUAAUUUCAGGACUGCUGCUGUAUCCAGCUGCGUGGUGAGAUGGGACAGCGAGGCGGAUGUGUCGACGCUAGAAGGACACUUUGACAUUGUGCUGUGUGCUGACUGCCUGUUCCUGGACCGGUACAGAGCCAGUCUGGUUGAUGCAAUAAGGAGAUUACUUCGGCCUGGCGGGACGGCUCUGGUGUUUGCCCCUCUUCGAGGCAACACCCUGCGAGAGUUCUGUGACCUGGCGGAGAGGGCCGGCUUGACCAUGUGCAGAUACCACAAUUAUGAUGAGCACAUUUGGAAGCUCCAUCUGAAGAUGCAGAGCGGAAGGAAGGAAACCUACGACGAGAACAUCCAUUACCCGCUGCUGGUCACCCUGACUCGGCCCCCUGGCCCGGCCCACCUCCUCUGAGACCACAGGGUGCUCCUUAUUCGUCUGCCAAACUGCCUACUCUGGCACAACUCCUCCGAUCCCUUGUCCCACCAUUCCUACAGACCAACGUCUGCCACUGUGCCCCUCUCCUCCUUGCAAAACCCGUGUGUGCCAGGGUUUUCGAUCACUGUUUUAUCAAAAUACACGUGUUAUUGUUUAAUUUUUUGUUACACAAGGUAGAACACGUACUCUUUUCUCUCAUGUUCACCGUGUUUGACUGUGGAUAAAGUAAGUUAGUAGGGUUCGUUUUUUACGGUUACACUAAUUGUUGAAGCCCCACCGUGUACGGCUGCCCUCACAUACAGAGCAGGGCCCUGUUACAGUGUAAUAAAAUGUGCAAUGUGCAAAACGUUCAAGUGGACGACGACUCGCCGACAGCUGUGCUCGAACGGGAGAGGACUACCCCUGAGGGACCAAAACACCAGGCGUGUCCUCGUACCCGAGUCCAGAUGAUCCGAACCCCCCCCCCCCC